CACACAGAGGAGCCGAGGCGGCGCUAAAUUAAAUUAGCAUACUAACUAGUUUUUUUUAGCUGAUGGACGGAUGAACUGAGCAGCCUGAACUAGAAGAAGAAGAAGAAGAAGAAGACUAAACACACACACACACACGCACACACACUCUCACUCACAUACACAAACACACACACACACACACUCAUCAUUUUCAUCCUGCAGUCGAGACACCACCGAGUCCCAGGAGCUCAUUUUGUCGGCGACCCUUCCUGCCUUCCGCCUGCCGAGGAGAUGGGGGACAAGGCGGGCACCAGAGUUUUCAAGAAGUCGAGCCCCAACUGUAAGGUGACGGUCUACCUGGGAAAGAGAGAUUUCGUGGAUCAUCUGGACCACGUUGAUCCAGUAGAUGGCGUGAUCCUCGUCGACCCCGAGUAUCUGAAGGACAGGAAAGUCUUCGUCACCCUCACCUGUGCGUUUCGUUAUGGUCGUGAGGAUCUGGAUGUUCUGGGUUUGUCCUUCAGGAAGGAUCUUUACAUCUCAACCUUCCAGGUUCGUAACAAACCAAAGAGUUACUGUGAUGAGUGUCCAUGUGGUUUAGUUUAA